UAAAUUUCUAUUUAAAGUGCAAAAAGGCAUAGUAUAUGCGCAUACAAAAGCAAUACAACUAACAAUAGCAAAACAAGCAAAAGGAUAAUAUAUAUCAAAUUCAAUUAAAUAAAAAAUGAGAUAAGGAAUUAAACACGAUCCCAUCCUUCCAGCACAUCCACACAUUCCAAAGCCGAUAGUUCUAAUUAAAGUUGGAUAAAGUUCUGUUGUAAAAGGAUAUAACAUAGCAAAAGAUAAUUUCAUGAAAAAUCUUGCUAUAGAAGUAAGUAGAGAAAAAUAGGAUGUUUUUCCAGCCAAAAAGCACCAACUAUGAAAAAUUAUAGAGAAAAAAAAGCCUAUUGUAAGCGUAUUUUUUCUGCCAAAUUUUUUCUAAUCAAUUAAAAACAUAGAAAGCAAUAUAGAAGGUGCUUCUCCUAAUAUUGUAAGGAAAUAGUUCGCGAAAGACUUAUUCGAUUUUCCUAAAACAAAAGGCAUAAUUAUAAGCUGACCAUAGUACAUCGUAUUCUCCAUAAACCAAAUUGUCCAUAUUCUUGCAGUAAUUCCGAUUAAUUCUUUAGAAAAAAGUGCUUAAAUAUUAGCUUAUUAACCUUCUUUAUAAAUACUUUUAGACCACAAAAUAAGCUAUUACUUUUCUUCAUUUGUCAAUUCUUUAUAUUAUUUUGUUUUUUAAGUAUUAAUUUCUAUAAUUUUAUUUAUAGUCUCGAAUCCUCUUUCAUACUACAAAGAAGCCACUAAAAAUCUCGGAGAUUCCAAAAUAAAUUUAUUGGAAAUAAGGAAUACAAAAAGUGAAGGAAAUGCAGAAACAAGCAUCAUCAGCCUCCAAUUUCCUUAGUUAAAAUUAGUCAAAAACAUAUACGCAAGUACACAUCCAAAAAGUUUUCCGAUAGAAACGGAAAAGUUCAAUAAAACUAAUAAUUUCCCUCUGUAUAUUUAUGGAGUUAUUUCACUUAACAUGGAAGUGGUUAAUGGGAUGGAAAAACCACAGGUUAUCCCAUAUAAAAAACGAACUAAUAUCAUUUAAUAUAUAUUAGAAAUAAAAUAAAAAGUUAAACUUAUUAUAAAUAUUGAUAAACUGCUUAUUAUUAUGGAUAUUCUUCGGCCAUACUUAUCUGCAACUGUACCUGAAAAACAUGAACCCAUUACUGUCCCUAAGUAAAAUAUACUAGUUAAAAAAGCAACAUAAAA